UGGUUAGGUCUGUACAUUAUCAGUCACGAUUUCAACUUAUUUAUUUGUACUUUACAGUUUAUUAAGGCAUACAAUCUUUUUUCAAUACAAUUUGGAUUAUACGACAACAUGACGACAGGGAAGACACUCUGGGCCUGUGUAUUUAUAUGGUGCAUAAUGGAUUUCCAAGCUGACGGUUUUCUAAACAUUGUUUACGAUUACGACGUAUCUGGAGUCUAUGGUCACCCUGUAGAAAUGACUUGCAAAGUCGAAACAGAAAUUAACAAAGUUGUAAAGGAAGUAAAAUGGUACAAAGUGUUAAACGAUGGAAAAGUAUCGGUAGUCUACUAUUACGAACCGCCGAAAUGGGACACGCCUGGCCUCAGAUAUUUGGAUCGUGUAAAACUGGCCAACGACGAAACGUCACUUGUAAUAUCUUCACUGGACCGAAACGACGAGUCGGAUUAUCGUUGUGACGUCACAGUGAUGGUGAAUGAAACUACGCCGUCGGAAAUUCCACAAGAAAUGAGCGUUACUAUGCAUCUAACAGUAUUCGUUCCACCGAGCGGAAUAAAGUUGACGACUCUCACUUCGGGCAACAACUUGACUUUGACUUGUCGGUCAACAAGGUCCAAGCCCUCUGCUGACAUCACGUGGAUAAUUACUACUCCGGAAGCUUCGUGGGAAAUUCAGUCUUCCAAGACGGUAAGCGAAGGACCAGACACGAUAGGUUAUUUGUAUCAAACAAUAACUCCAAAAGACAAAGGCACAACGUUCACGUGUGUGGUCAACCACCCAGAAACAAGUACAACACUUAAAAAGAACGUAUCAUUAGUUGAACCAAGCUUACAGAACCAAGUGCCCGUUUACUUUGACUGGCUGGGUGCAGAAGUUCCAUACACAACGUAUGCAACCACCCAAAAUACUACAGAUUCAGUGUCUCAGAAAAAGGGUGGUCUUGUGGAAAUGGUGAUCAGUCCAGCUCAGACUGUCGAAAUUAACACUACGGUUAUAGCAAUGGCAACCGCCGAAGGAGCCUUUCCAUCACCCACAUUCACUUGGUGGGGUGAAGACUUAGAAACGUCCAACGAGCCAAGGCUUAUAACUCACCUUGAAAAAUCACAAGUUUUCUUUUGUUUGAUCGAAAAUCCAGUGGGACGAGUCGUAAUGUCAGUUAAAUUUACAGCAGUACCUGAAGGUGAUCCUGCUAUAAUUGGAGAUAAUGAUCAGUUUGUAGGAGAUGAUGAAGAUGAGACGGUCCUUGCAAGUGGGGCAGUGGUCGCUGCUAUUGCAUUCGGUGGAUUGCUUAUUCUAUUCCUGCUUUCUUUCGUUAUCUACUAUUUUGGAUGCAAAAGACCAACAGAUCGACAGUUAGCGAGACGGAGUGUUCAGGAAGACGGAGACUUUGACUCCUACGUUGAAAAACAAAAACCUUUGUACGGUGUGAGCCCAUCUGAAGAAACCAAUCAAAUAAAAAGCUUAUCCAAUGACCAUGUGAAUGAAAUUGGUCCGACACACGAAAAGGAUGUUUUGCUGACUACCGGCCGCGUGUAUGACUCUCCACCCUCAACUAAAAAGAACUUCUACGUUGACUCGACGUCCACGUCCACAUCUGGCUUUAGCGACGACGGAAACGGCAAACAUUUAAACGACGGUCGCUCUAGCUCACAUGGAUCUCAUAAAGAGCGCGCAAUUACUAAGCACUUAAACGAUUUCGAUGAAAACGCCUCUUUUUGUGACGAAUACGGAUCCCGGUUUGGCCUCGACGAUAAUAACAUCUCGGUGCCGAACGUGGUCGAGGUUGAAGCCCGCGAAAGCCCGUUUGAUGCCUCGAUGAAAUACCAAGUCACUGACGAUUCCAGUGAGACUUCCAGCAUUGUGAGUGGGGAUACAGUUGAGGAAAACCGCUACGCUAUUGCCCACCAUCCAGACGAGAGCUGGGAGCGAAUAGAUCCAAUGAAAGAGGUUCAGACUCCGGUCUAAAAAACGUUCAAUAAAAAGCUACCAUGUCCAAGACGCUCGGCUCAGUGAACUUAUACACGCGAAAGGUCCGUAAAUGCGAUAGAUUGCAAUCGCAAAAGCUUUGUAAAAAGCUUGAAGAAAACUAUAAUGCAUCGCUAUUAUUUAGAUCGAAAUAGGUAUUAUCAAUUAUAGCGUACGUUAAUUUUUUCAGAUAUCAUAUUUUAUAAUGUGCGGAAAGUAUCAAUUAUACACCCAUUUUAAAUGUAAAAUAAUUGCCGAGUUGAUUUUUUGCAUUUUUGCUUGUUUUAAGCAAAUAAAAAAAUAAAAUAAAAACGUGCUCAA